AUGCGAAAAGAGCUUACAUCUCAGGGGACGACGAAAACUCCCAAUUCGUCACUUGGGCACCGACUCAAUCCCAAGAAGCUGAAGCCCUACGAUCCCUCAAUUGAAAAGUCCUACCCCCGGCCAUCGGUCUCGCAUAAGCGAACCUCUUACUUAGCGGAUGUGCUGAACGACCCUGACAGGAGAGGUCGUGCUCUUGGCGGGCAUCCAUCCCCACGGACAGAUGAACAUGAAGUCCGUGCUUUCGCAUGUCCAUUCUAUAGGAGGCAUCCAACUUUCCACAUGGACUGCAUGAACCGCAAGUUGACGCGGAUCCGGGACGUCAAGCAGCAUAUUCACCGGAGACACUCCCGGUCUGCUUGCGCCGCGGGCGAUUCAGACGCCAUUUCUGCGGAAACGGGAAGAGAACUUCGGCGGCAUAGAGCUGGCCGGACAGAGACACCCGUCGCAGAAUGGAGGAACAUUUGGAGGAUCGUGUUUAAGGAUGAGCCACAGUCUCGCGACCCCUUACUCGGGACAAUGGUAGAGGAAACUGUCCAGAUGAUAAAAGAGUUCUGGAAGAACGAAGGCAACCAAAUCACGGAGCAGUUUCUGAAGGAGAAGGGAGUGGCGCCUGACGAUACGGUUCAGAACAACAUGAGCGAGUUGUUUGAGGUCGCACAUGAAAGGUUUGAGCAAAGCACGCUUGGGGCGAGGUCGGUUGACUCUUCGCUGGUUGAUAUGAGCAACCUCAUUGAAUGCCCCAGCCUGUCUGACUCUGUGUCAUCGUUGAAUGACUUCAGCGAAACCCAUGCUUUGGAGGCGUCAGGGCUCUCGGAUAUUUCCAAUGCCGGGGAUCAGGGUAGCUGGGUGUCCAUCAGUGAACCAGGACCUCUUCAGAACUUAUAUCAAGAAGCAGAGUCCGGCUGGUCUCUCGUCAACGGGGUUGGGGGAUUAGGCUGCGCCAGUAACGGAAUUUUCCAACCUGGUUUCGAUUAUUCUCCUUUUUAUUUUGAAACUCAGUUUACGAAUUGA